GUUGUACAGGGAAAAGAAAGAAAGAAUCCAACUUGUCUGCGCUAGGGGAAUAGUGACCAGACUGCAACCCGACGCGUUUCAGUGCCCAGGAAAGAGCGCUUGAGGGGAGACGGUAGCAUUAAUCUUGCUGUAACAGCAUAGAAGACAACUUCAACGAAUACCAGGAGCAGAAUCGGAGUCUAUCGUGCCAUCGUUAUCAUGAGUGAGCGGUUCGACUGUGACCACUGCAAGGAGUCCUUGUACGGACGCAAGUACAUCCAGUCGGACGACCACCCCUACUGUAUCCCCUGCUACGACAGCCUGUUCGCCAACACCUGCGAUGAGUGCAAGGAGCUCAUCGGUCACGACUCCAGGGAGCUGUUCUAUGAGGACCGGCAUUACCACGAGCACUGCUUCCGCUGUUUCCGCUGUGACCGCUCGCUAGCCGACGAGCCCUUCACCAGCCAGGAUGACGCGCUGCUGUGCAACGAUUGCUACUGCAACGAGUUCUCCUCCAAGUGUGUGGCCUGCGACAAGACCGUCAUGCCAGGCACAAGGAAGCUGGAGUAUGGUGGCUCCACGUGGCACGAGGGCUGCUUCAUCUGCCACAGCUGCGAGCAGCCUAUCGGCUCCAAGUCCUUCAUCCCGGACAAGGACGAGCACUACUGCGUGCCCUGUUACGAGAACAAGUUUGCACCGCGCUGCACACGCUGCAAGCAGGUGUUAUCAAAAGGUGGCGUGACCUACCGAGACGAGCCGUGGCAUAAGGAGUGUUUCGUGUGCACAGGCUGCAAGGUCCAGUUAGCCGGUCAGCACUUCACCUCUCGUGAGGAUAGUCCCUACUGCCUGAAGUGCUUCGGCAACUUGUAUGCCAAGAAGUGCGAGGCCUGCAGCAAACCAAUCACAGGUUUCGGAGGAGGGAAGUACAUCUCCUUUGAGGAACGUCAGUGGCACCAGCCGUGCUUCAUGUGCACGCGCUGCUCCGUGUCGCUGGUCGGGGCUGGCUUCUUCCCCGAGCAGGACGAGAUCCUCUGCCGCGACUGCAACAACAAAUUAUAGAGCCGGAGCCCCAGCAGCAGCCCCACUGCCCUGCCCUGCCCUGCCCUGCCCUGCCCUGCCAUCACAGCAUGCUGCCCCAGCUAGCGCACCACCAGCUUCUCCACCACCGCCUGCCCUCAGGCCUACCUCCUCCUCGACUCUACUCUGUCCUGUUCAACUCAGUGCCCUAUGCCCACUUAGCACUGCUAACACUCCCCUCUACACACACACACACACACAGAGACACACACACACACACACACACAAACGCAUGCACACGCGCACA